AUGUCAAAAGACCUCACCAGGUUCUACAACACCACGAAGUAUAACCUGUGUGAUCGAGUGGACCCCAAGGACUACAUCCAGCUGCAGACGGAGGAGGUCGAGGAGGCUCUCCCAACAUCCUCGACGAACAAGGGCGAGCCGGCAUUGGAGGACGUCCUCGCUACAGCGCAGCUGGAAAGCAUCAAUGUGGAAUUGAUGGCGGCGGCAGUUGGGAUUGAGAAGGAGGUGCGGACUUUGCGAGGGAUGAAGAGAGACAUCUCUGACAUUCCGCGCCAGCUUGAGCGCUAUCGGACGCACAAGGAUCACCUGGAGCAGCUGGACGCCGAAGAGACUGGCACCGAGAUCUUCGAGGCGAUCAGAGGGAGGGGUCACUCGGAGCAACGACCACUCAAUCAGGCCAUCAAGCUGGCCAGCCAGCAGAUCCGGAAUAUGGAGGCAAAGCUGUCUGCACUGGAGAACGAGAGGGAAGAGUUGGAGAAGAGGAGCAAUCAAGAUCCUGCGGGAGAAGACAGUACCGACAAUGAUGACUUGGAGGGGGGGUGGGAGGAGCCGGAGCGACCGGGGGACUUGGAGGAUGACAAGGAUGAUGCCGACGAUGAUGAGGAUUGAAUCGAAGGACGUGAUUGAGUGAUAGCUGCAUUAGGACCUUAUAAUCUUUGACUCGUUAGAUACUUGGUUUGUUGGGAACUGGCCGAAUAGCAUGGAUAUAAUGGCCGUAC